UGGUGGUAGCAGCAAGGAUGGUGAAACAGAGCAGUCGGGGUGGAAAAUGUAGAGGAAAUGGCAUCCCCCGGCAGUGACAGCUAUAUUGUGCGAGUCAAAGCUGUGGUUAUGACCCGAGAUGACUCCAGUGGGGGAUGGUUGCCACAAGAAGGAGGCGGUCUCAGUAGAGUUGGCGUCUGCAAGGUCACGUACCCGGAGGGCAAUGGAAGAAGUGGAUUUCUAAUCCAUGGUGAAAGGCAGAAAGACAAACUGGUGGUGCUGGAGUGCUUUGUGAAGAAGGACCUGGUGUACACCAAGGCGAACCCCACCUUCCACCACUGGAAAGUCGACAACAGAAAGUUCGGGCUCACUUUCCAAAGCCCCGCCGACGCUCGGGCCUUCGACAGAGGAGUGAGGAAAGCCAUCGAGGACCUCAUUGAAGGGUCUACAACUUCCUCCUCAACGCUUCACAACGAGGCCGAGGUUGGCGAUGAUGAUGUCUUCACAAACGCUACAGAUAGCUCCUCUAACUCCUCUCAAAAAAGGGAACAGCCCGUGCGAACUCUGGCUUCUCCUGCAUCCUGCGAACAUCGAAGAAUUUGCACUCGUGGACACCUUCACGACCAUUAUAGCUCUGACCACUACCAUCUAGAACAAUCAGUACCACGAUCCUACCGGCACGUCAACUUUCCAGACGACGAUGAGGAGAUCGUGCGCAUCAAUCCUCGGGAAAAGAUUUGGAUGACUGGAUACGAGGACUAUCGCCAUGCCCCGGCACGGGGAAAGAACUUUGAUCCCGACGACAUGGACUCCUACGUACGUUUUGCCAAAAGCGAGGCCUCGAAACACGAAUACACUUAUCCUUACGUAGACAACUCGGACUUUGACCUGGGUGAAGAUAUCAAGGGUGCUGUGAUAAAGACUCAACCUGUCAAAUUCAAGCCCAGGCGGAAGGAAGAUGGUGAGAGGUCACGGUGCGUGUACUGCAGGGACAUGUUCAACCACGAGGAGAACAAACGGGGUCAAUGCCAGGAUGCUCCAGACCGCGUCAAGACUUGCAUCCAUCGAGUGAGCUGUAUGUGGUGCGCAGACACUAUGCUCUAUCACUGUAUGUCCGAUCCGGAAGGAGACUAUACAGAUCCUUGCUCGUGUGACACCAGUGAUGAAAUGUUUUGCCUCCGGUGGAUGGCCCUUAUCGCCUUGUCUUUCAUUGCUCCAUGUAUGUGCUGUUACUUGCCGCUUCGGGCUUGUUACCACUGUGGGGUCAUGUGCAGGUGCUGUGGUGGAAAACACAAAGCUGCUGGAUGACUACAGAUGCGUUCGAAGUGUUACGUUUUUCCUGUAGUUCAAGGAACACGUUGGUUUUGGAGCAUUGAGAUCACUCGUUUUGAUGCAGCCACUGUGCCCAACAGCAUCCAGAAAAACACCAGUUUGGAUCACUUUACAUACGGUCGUCUGGGGGCUCACACUGCAUUGAUUUGCUCAUCAAGUGUUCUAACUAACUAACCUACAGCAUAGACUUUUGUAUUAUUAAUCUGUAAUCAAAACAGACUGUCUUGUACAUGUUCUUUUUU